CACUAAAUGGGCAGUUGGCAAAUUAGAAACAAACAUAUAAACUUAUAAAGCGACAGCUGCAAAACACAACUAAGCCAGCAGGAGCAAACACCGAACCAGAAGCAAACUUAUCCUAUAAUGGCAGAUUCCCCUCAAAACCAACCUCCUCCUCCUUCAUCUUCUAAAAUUCCAUCCGAAAUCAGAGACGGAAAUAAAACCAACUUCUCUGGUCAAAAGGUCCACUAUCCGAACCCACCCGACGCAUCAAACCCGGACCCUGCAACACUGAGAGAGCAGUGGAGAUUCGCAAUCAAGCAGUACAGCAGAUGGUACUCUCACGCUUGGGGCACUGCAAUUCUCGCGGGUCUAUCUUUUUUCGCUCUUGGUUGGAUUAUUAAAGGCUCAAAUCCUUUACCCUCUUUCAAGAAUGACGAUUCCCCUUCCACUUCUUCUCCUCCUGAAGAUGAUAAUAAAGCUCAAAGAUGAUUUAUGCCAAAAAGAAUGAAUAUGACUCACUGCAUCGGCGGGUAUACAGCUAAACUUUCUGACGGUUUUGAUGUAUAGUUUCAUAAAAUUUGAGUCAUGUUGGGUUCUUCAUAAUCUUAUCAAAUUGAGUCCGAUAUGUUUGGGCAUGUCUAUCCUAAAAAAUAAGAUUGCUUACAUGCUUGUAAAAUGAUAUUUUGUCCAAGGAAAUUCUCUUUCAAGUAAGCGCGAAUGAUAUUGUUGAGGAA